CUAUUUCUGGUGCAGAGAGGAAUACUUGUCCUGAGAUCGCAGCAAAGAUGUCGGGAAGAGAUGGUGGAAAGAAGAAGCCACUGAAGCAGCCUAAGAAAGGCGCCAAGGAUUUGGAUGAGGAGGAUGUCGCCUUUAAGCAGAAACAGAAAGAAGAGCAGAAAAAGCUGGAUGAGUUGAAGAGCAAGGCCUGCCAGAAGGGCCCUCUCACUGGCGGCGGGAUAAAGAAAUUGGGAAAGAAGUGAGCAGGUUGUUUACAUGACUUUGUUCUGGUUGUGGCGUUGGAACGGCGAAGAUCUGCUAAAAGUGACAACUCAGUGGAUCUCUUGUAUGUUUUGUGUACAGUGAUAAUAAACAAGUGUUUUGUUUUUU